AUGGUGGAGGUUGGAGUGGGAGCUUGGUGGUGGUUUUGCGAUGGUGGCCAAGGAUCAGUUGUAUUCGGCUUUGUGAUGGUGGCAGUUGGAGUGGGGACUUGCAAUUGGGAAAGGUGGUCGACAAUUUGGGCUGUAGCUAAGGUAGGUGAGGCAGAAUACUGGAGGAAGAUGGGUCGUCUAGCGAUUGGUUUGCAGUGCUGGUGGAGGGUGCAACUGCAGCAGUGGGUUGUGAUUGUGAUUGUGGUUGUUGGUGGUUCAAUUAGCAGAAUCAGCGGCAAAACUCUGAAGCAUCGCCAACGUCUUCGCCCAUGGAGGCACCGGCCUCCGCACGAUGCUCAGCUAGCCUCCGCUGUGAGGAAACCGUUCCUUCGCGUGCAGAGGCAGCAGGCACCACAUGUGGACGACCCAGAUCUCCUCGAACAGCCUCCGCACCGGAGGGAGGGACCCAGAUCUUUGCUUAUCUUCAAUCUGAAAAUUUUGUUUGAUCCCCUCAUAUUUUUCUGUCUCUUUCUAUCUUGUUGUACCAUGAGAUCAGAAGGAAAUCCAUUAGACCUCAACAACUUACCGGAAGAUUAUUUAAAAGAAGGCAGGCAGAUCCUUGAUGACAGCUCUUCAUCAUCUGGUAGAUCACUUAAUUUGUGUCGUGUCUCUCCAGCUAAAGCCUACAGGAAAAAGAGAAGCAGUACUACGGACGAAAAGGAUGAAUCUGGGAAGGUCUAUGAGUGUAGGUUUUGUUCAGUGAAGUUCUGCAAGUCUCAAGCUCUUGGGGGACACAUGAACCGCCACCGCCAAGGCAAGGAGACAGAAACACUGAACAAGGCUCGCCAUUUGGUCUUCACUAGUGAUUUAUCUCCAGGAGCUCAUCAUCCAGGGUAUAUUUCCAGUGGCCAACCAAUUCCACAUGGAAAUAUUAUGGGUGAUCCAACAAUGCCAUACACAUCAAUCUACCCAACAAGAGUGUUUUCUGGUUCUUCACCCCUUUUUCCACCACCUCCACAAGGAUUGCCGCCACUGCCACCACCUCCACCACCGGGACUGCCGCUGCCUCCACCCCAUCCUUACUUGUACACUUCUCCUGGACAAUUGGUGAAUGACUACUUUGUUGCUGGCCAUGUCGACCCCGAAAACUUGCUUUAUUCACACUCCAACUCUAGCCAUUCUUCAGCACUGCAAGAUACCAAUUUCACCUGCCUAGGUGCACCAGUUGGAUAUGGAUUACCAAAUGGCAAUGUAAUUGCAAGCUGUAGCAGAGGACAGGACGGAGUUGACGAUUUUAGAGACAUGUCACUGCACAAUGAGGAGGAAGGAUUGGGUUAA